AUGCUGCUGGGGCUGAGCUGGGCAGGCGGCUGCUGCCUCCUGCUGCUGCUGCUGCCCGGCGGCGCGGCGGAGCCCGCCCGGCGCUACGACGAGCGGGCUGCCGGCUGCGCCGAGCGCUGCGACCGGGCGCGCUGCCCCGCCGUGCCCGCCGACUGCGCGGGCGGAGAAGCGCCGGACGCCUGCGGCUGCUGCCCGGUGUGCGCGGCCCAGGAGGGCGAGCCCUGCGGCGGGCCGGCCGGGGAGCCGCCCUGCGGAGAGGGGCUCCAGUGCCGGCUCCCGCCCGGCGCGGGAGUGGCGGCGACGGCCACGGUGAGGAAGCGAGCCAAGGCCGGGCUCUGCGUCUGCACCAGCAGCGAGCCCGUGUGCGGCAGCGACGCCAGGACCUACGGCAACCUGUGCCAGCUGCGGGCGGCCAGCCGGCGCUCCGAGCGCCUGCAGCAGCCGCCGGUCAUCGCCAUCCAGCGGGGCGCCUGCGGCCAGGGCCAGGAAGAUCCUAACAGCCUACGGCACAAAUACAACUUUAUUGCAGAUGUGGUGGAGAAGAUAGCCCCUGCUGUGGUUCAUAUUGAAUUGUUUCGCAAGCUUCCUUUUACAAAGAGGGAGGUUCCUGUUGCUAGUGGUUCAGGCUUCAUUGUCUCAGAAGAUGGACUAAUAGUAACAAAUGCCCAUGUAGUCACCAAUAAACAUAGGGUAAAAGUGGAGCUGAAGAAUGGUGCAACAUACGAAGCCAAAAUUAAAGAUGUUGAUGAAAAAGCAGAUAUUGCACUAAUUAAAAUAGACACUCAGGGUAAAUUGCCAGUUCUGCUGCUUGGUCGAUCUGCAGACUUGAGGCCUGGAGAAUUCGUGGUUGCAAUUGGAAGUCCAUUUUCACUCCAAAACACGGUGACUACAGGGAUUGUUAGUACUACCCAGCGUGGAGGAAAGGAAUUAGGGCUUCGGAACUCUGAUAUGGACUACAUUCAGACGGAUGCAAUUAUCAAUUAUGGAAACUCCGGAGGACCUUUAGUAAACCUGGAUGGUGAAGUGAUUGGAAUUAACACUUUAAAAGUUACAGCUGGAAUCUCAUUUGCAAUUCCAUCUGAUAAAAUUAAAAAGUUCUUAACUGAAUCACAUGACAGACAAGCUAAAGGAAAAGCAAUAACUAAAAAGAAAUACAUUGGCAUUCGAAUGAUGUCACUCUCUCCUAGCAAAGCUAAAGAGCUGAAGGAACACCAUAAAGACUUUCCUGAUGUUGUUUCUGGGGCCUAUAUUAUUGAAGUAAUUCCAGAUACGCCAGCUGAAGCUGGUGGCCUGAAAGAAAACGAUGUGAUUAUAAGCAUCAAUGGACAGGGAAUAAUCUCAGCCAGUGAUGUCAGUGACAUUAUUAAAAAGGACAAUACUCUGAAUAUGGUUGUACGCAGGGGCAAUGAAGAUAUUAUGAUAACAGUGGUUCCUGAAGAAAUUGACCCUUAAUCAGAAACAUGAGCUGGAUUUCAUGUUUUCUUUUAGCAACAGUGGACUGCUUAUGUUAUGACUGUGCUGGUACAGGAAACAUUAGACUUUUGACCAACAUUCUGCUUGUUCAAAAGAAUAGUAUUGGCCAACAACACCAAUGUAAUGCCACAGAUAUUCCAGAUGAUAAUUUUUUCCUUCUGUAUUUUAUGUAUGCAAUGUAUUCUUUACUGGCUAACACAACUGUUACUGCUUAAACAGUCAACAUUUUUUUUUCCUCUGUGUCACUCUUUCAACUAAGACUUCAACAAAACAAAAUUCAUGCACACAAUGUGUGUUGUGGUAUUCAGGUAUAAAUAGAAUAGCUGUUCCUUUAACUGGAAAAUGCCAUUGUAAUAGAAUUUUGGGAUAAAAAAACACAGUUGGAAAAAUGUUGGCUUGUAAACCAAAAAUAAUAAUAAUCUUUUUCAGAAUCCAUGCAGAAUUUUUACUACUUCAGUCUUUUCCUAGUGUUAUUAAAAUAAUUCUACAGUAUUUUUUCUGGUGUCAUUCAUUUUGCCUCAUGUAAGUUGUUGGAUGUUUUACUUUUGAAAUGUACCAAAUAUCUAGCUGAAACUAUUUCUUGAUGGACUUAUUUCCUCUGUCAUUGAGCCAAAACAAUUUUACUUUUCAAUGUAUUCUUAGUUUCCUAUAUACUAUCACCGAAGUCUAAGGUAAACAUCUGAAGGAAACAAAGCCUAGUGUUUGCACUCUGGUUUCUUAGCUUAGUCUUUAGCUAUAGUAUGUCAGCUAUCCUAGGAGGGCAGGCUUCCAUGUACAAUUAUUUUUUUACCAUAUUUUCUCUUUAAAUUUAAUUAUAAUGCAAACAGUGUCUGAAACACUUCUCCUUCAGCAGAGUUCCUCAACUGUGAGUCAUGAACCAGUGCUGGUCCAGGUAUAGCUAUGUGGUCUCAUUUUGCUAUCUCUUCUUGUUCCAGCUGAUAAAUUUGAAUAAAAGACCGCUAUAAUGCAUGGAAAAUUUUCAUAUUUCUUUUUCAAGUA